AUGGCGGCGGCGGCGGCGGCGGCGGCAGCGGGCGGGUGGGGGCCGGAGGCGGAGGAGUUCGAGGACGCGCCCGACGUGGAGCCGCUGGAGCCGACGCUGGCCAAUAUCAUCGAGCAAAGGAGCCUCAAGUGGAUCUUCGUGGGGGGAAAGGGGGGAGUGGGGAAGACGACGUGUAGCUGCAGCCUGGCUGUGCAGCUCUCCAAGGUGAGGGAGAGUGUCCUCAUCAUCUCCACUGACCCAGCCCACAACAUCUCAGAUGCUUUUGACCAGAAGUUCUCCAAAGUCCCCACCAAAGUCAAAGGCUACGACAACCUCUUCGCCAUGGAGAUUGACCCCAGCCUGGGGGUGGCAGAGCUGCCUGAUGAGUUCUUUGAGGAGGACAACAUGCUGAGCAUGGGCAAGAAGAUGAUGCAGGAGGCCAUGAGCGCGUUCCCUGGCAUCGAUGAGGCCAUGAGCUACGCUGAGGUCAUGAGGCUGGUGAAGGGGAUGAACUUCUCGGUGGUGGUGUUUGACACGGCCCCCACGGGCCACACGCUGCGGCUCCUCAACUUCCCCACCAUCGUGGAGCGGGGCCUGGGCCGCCUCAUGCAGAUCAAGAACCAGAUCAGCCCCUUCAUCUCCCAGAUGUGCAACAUGCUGGGCCUGGGGGACAUGAACGCCGACCAGUUGGCCUCCAAACUGGAGGAGACGCUGCCCGUCAUCCGCUCCGUCAGCGAGCAGUUCAAGGACCCGGAGCAGACCACCUUCAUCUGCGUGUGCAUCGCCGAGUUCCUGUCCCUGUACGAGACCGAGCGGCUCAUCCAGGAGCUGGCCAAGUGCCGCAUCGACACCCACAACAUCGUGGUCAACCAGCUGGUGUUCCCCGAGCCCCACAGGCCCUGCAAGAUGUGUGAGGCCAGGCACAAGAUCCAGGCCAAGUACCUUGACCAG